CAGAAUCGUUCGCGCGUUGUUGCAUGCUGUCGACCGAGUCGGCGAGCCGAGGAUCAUGGAUGUGUGGAAGCAUGUCGCUGUCAUCGCUGUGCUCACACCGCUCAUGUUGGGAGAGUCGCCCAAUCGCCUGAUCUUCGAUGGACUUGGCAUAUCCGCCUUCCAUGCCCUCAACAUAACGGGUAGACACAGCGUCGUUGGGAUCACGGAUACCGGGAUCUACCUCCGACACGACGAAUUCUCCGCACACCAGACACCGGACGCUAUCAAUCGGUUUGUCUUGACGGAAAAGGUUGUGCAUUACGAGACCGCAGGAGACGACCACGACCAGUCCUCCCGUCGUGACAGGACAUGCGGUCAUGGCACCCACGUCUCGGGCAUCCUCGCUGGACGCACCAUUGGCGUUGCCCCGGAUGCAAAGAUUGCUUUCCUCGACAUUGCUUACGAUUGCCUGAAUUGCUCCAACCCAGUAGCUCUGCGCGUGCCCACUUCGACGACGGCACUGUUCCUCAAUCAAACGAAAGCUGGGGCCAAGGUCAUUUCAUUCUCGUGGGGUCGCGAUGCCCGCGGCAAUGACAUCGUGGACCGCGCCCAGGAAGACUACAACUUCCUUGCGAAACAGAUUGACGCGUAUCUGUAUGAACAUCCCGACGUCCUCGUCGUGACUGCGGCAGGAAACAACGGUGACGACGGGGCCAAGUCUCUGUUCAGCCCUGCUGGCGCUAAAAACGUUCUCACGAUUGGGGCCACGUACUCUGUCCCGACUGCCUCAGAUGCAUGCCCUGAGGUGGCCAACCUGGACAGCGUGGCGAGCUUCAGCAGCAGAGGGCCAACCCACGACGGACGUCUCAAGCCCGACCUUGUUCUGCCAGGUGUGCUCCUUCAGUCAGCGCAAUCCAUGCCACUGAAUGGAACCAACGAAUCCACGUCAUUGCUGUGCGUUGCCACGGGCACGUCCCAGGCCACACCAGUUGCGUCCGGGAUGGCCGUGCUCGUCCGCGACUGGCUCGAAGUGGGAGCAUGGGCGACAGGGCUUCCUUCUCCAACCUCUGCCGUCGCUUUCGUCCCGUCAUCACUUGUCAAAGCCAUGCUUAUUCACGCCGCUGUCCCGACCAAAAGGAGGCUUCCUUUUGAAUUUGACAACACGACGGUGUGCUCGACUCUUGUGGAUGACCAGCGAUGGGGAUUCAAGACCGUGCCAGACCCCAUCCAGGGCUAUGGCCGCCCCAACAUGACAAACCUUCUGAACUCGACCGCGUUUUUCCUGCCCAACCACACCGGAGUCAUGCCGUCGUUGACGACUGGAUUUGAGCAUACCUAUGAUGUGAUGGUGGUCAAGCCCCAGCGCUUGCGGAUCACGGUCGUGUGGACGGAUGCACCCGUGCAAGUUGGCGCGACUCGGCCCCUUACAAACGACUUGGACCUGACUCUCACGUUAGCGAGCGGUGAUGUUAUUGCGUAUCCAUUGAGCGGCCAGGGCAAGCCCGACUCUGUCAACAAUGUUGAAGUGAUCGACGUCUCAUUCGACGAGCUGGAGAAACUCGUUCCGCGCAGCUCAACGUCGUCCCAGCAAGGCAAACUCCACGUCGUGGCCAAGGUGAUCGGAACGUCGGUGGUCCAAGGCCCCCAGCUCUACUCGAUCGUGUCGACCGUGCGAUUGCAAUCGAGACAACGAUCGUCCACUGACUCAACGGCGAAUGACACAUCUUUGACGUCCAACCAGAGCUCUGCCCCGACCAACACGUGGAUCGUGUGGGCUGCGGCAGGUGCGGCUAUCUUUGUCAUAGCUGCAGCGUUUGUGGCCCUCCUGGUUCUUCGACGGAAGCGACUCCCCGACGGACAACUGCAGUCGAUGCAUGCCAGCUUACGAAGCCUCUUCCGGUGCCGCGAGGCCUGCACCGAGUGCGGUUUCUUCUGUACAGAUUCGGCUGCGCUGAUGGAGCACGUUUACGAAGCUCAUCCGCAGCCGCAGACGUGUCGGCACUGCCACUUUACGACCGCAACUCCCGAACUUCUCCAAUCCCAUGUCGAUGCAUUUCACUGACGGUCAAAUAUGGAUAACCUGUGGAUUUAUCCGGAAUUAUCGAUUUGAG